AUGGCCAUCACAAGACUGUGGUUCUUCACCCUCAAGCCAGACAGCUCGGCCCGCGACCCGGCCUUCCUGUCCCUGUGGGCCAACAUCCUCGAGCUGUGCGCCAUCCACCACUUCCUCUUCCAGUCCAGCCAGGACGAGCGCCUGCUGGUGCUCAUCUCCACCUACCCCUCCAUGGCCCUGUGCAGGCAGGCCGACGUCGCAUACUCCAAGCGCCACAAGGACGAGGUCCUGCGCCACGUCUCGCACCGCGCCCUGAGGCAGAUGGACAUCGAGGAUGCGGAGGUCGUACCGGCACUGCUUGAGUCGCGGUCCGGGGGCAAGGGCGGGGAGGUGAGCGUGACCGUGUCGAAGAGGGACCCCCUUAAGCUGGAGCUCGUUGAGUCGAGGUCGAGUGGCGGGAGCCGCGCGCCCGUGCCGCCCCCCACGCAGGAGAUCAGCGGGCCGGACUCGUCUGAGAUUCCUCUCAUACCGGGGGUUGACUUCUCGGACGUCCUGGAGGCGCAGAGGAGUGAGGGGAAAAGGUGGAUAAGCAUAUCAAGGGGGAAGUCGGAUCAUCAAGUAGAGGAUGAGGAGGUCUUCCGUUUGAAGCAGCUCUUGGCUCGGUGA